AUGGAAACACGUCGUCGACGACGCGACGAAGAUCAGGAGCGGCAGCGCGGCUCGCCUCCACGUCGCGUAAGAGGCAAGCCGCGACGCGAGCAAGUUCGUCGUGAAGAAACCGAUCAGUUAACUCCUCCACCACCACCGCCACCACCACCUCCACCUCCUUCUCCAACGCCACCGUUACCUUCUCCGCCGACUUCACCGGAGCAACAGAGAUCACCAACGCACUCACCUGGAGCUUCGAGAGAGGAGAAUCAGGCACCUCAGGCACCGAUCUCUGGCCAAGACUGGAGGCGCUUGAUCCGUAGUGUUGAUGAUAUACGACAGAGGAACGAUUACUUGCAAGAACAACUAGAGUAUUAUCGUUCCGAGCAACAGGAUGAAGGGGAACACGAGGCGGAGGUCGUGGCUGAAUUCGAGCCAUUCUCAGCGGCAGUAAGUAAGGUUGCCAUACCAGAUAACAUAAAGAAUACUGUACUUGAGACAUACAGUGGGAAAGCUGAUCCCAAAGAGCACCUGUUAUACUUCAACACAAAAAUGGUGAUCAGUGCCGCUUCGGACGCUGUGAAGUGCAGGAUGUUCCCAGCUACGUUCAAAGGCACAACCAUGGCCUGGUUUACCACGCUACCCCGGGGAUCCAUCACUAAUUUCUGUGACUUCUCAUCAAAAUUUCUCGUCCAGUUUUCCGCCAGCAAAACCAAGCAGGUGACGAUCGAGGAUCUCUAUAACGUUCGCCAAUCCGAGGGCGAGACUCUGAAGCAGUAUGUAAAACGAUUCAGCGCAGCAUCAGUCAAAAUUGAAGAGUCAGAGCCGCACGCCUAUGCGCGUGCCUUCAAGAAUAAGUUGCAACCGGGGAAGCUAAACAGCAAAUUGAGCCGCAAACCAGCUCGGUCCAUGGCGGAGAUCCAGACGUGA